AUGCCACUUGGAAUCCUGACCUCAAUUGCUGCCUGUCCAGCAAUUAUUGGAACCACAGAAGCUGUUCGUCAAGGCCAGAAACAGAAUGCCAAAGAAGCUCACCGAGGUCGAAAAGCCAACUUCUCUAUGUCACAAAAUGUAAAUCCGAAGUCGAAGUUCCUGCCAAAGGAGGGCGAGGACAACAUCACAAGUCAAGGUCAUCAAUUCGCGGGAUAUUUCUUCGGUUACCCAAAUAGCAACUGGGGACGACGAGGCGAGGGAUACGUAUCGACGAUCUCAGAUGACCCUCCACAACUCAACUGGAUCUACAUCGACAAAGACACAUACGAGAUCAAAUAUGGCUUGAAAGUACAAGCAGAGGGAAAUUUAGUUGGGCCUUGGAACAUCACACCUAUAGACAGGAGGCUAAAUUUUGAUGGGUGGGAAGGGUUCACUGUGGUUGAAGAGGAAGAAGGUGUUUGGGCCCUGUACUUUGAUGUGGAUGAUGAUGGCCUGGCACAGAAAGUCGAGGUGACGAAGAGGAUAAUGGAAGUUGAGCUGACGAGGAGGGAGAUUAAGAUGAGAAAAGGUGAUACCAUUUUGAGAUAA